CCAUCACUGCAGGCGCGCGCACAGCUUCCAGCAGACCGCCACCGGUACCGUGCGUGCUCUUUCUCUCUUGGUUUUGAAUCGUUUCUCGACUGGACGACAGUGCUCUCCGCCAUCUGAAAUGCUGCCCCUGUCCCCGCUCUUGCUCCUCGUUUUCCCCGCUGUGCUCUUGGUGGCAGCGCACGGCACCGGGGACCUCCAGGGCUUCACCUUCCCCAGCGGGAGCUCAAGCUUCGACCCAACAGACCCCUGCUUGGUGGUGUAUCCACCAUGCAUCAGCGAGGCGGAUCGCCACAGCCUGGAGGCCCUGCGCAGCAUCCAUCAGAUGAUGGACAAUGACCAGGACGGAGGGAUCGAGGUGGAGGAGAGUUUGGAGUUCAUCAUGGAGGACAUGAAGCAGCAGCAGACCAACAAGCACAGCCACCUGCACAGAGAAGACCAACACAUCACAGUUGAGGAGCUCUGGAGGGGCUGGAAGUUGUCCGAAGUCCAUAAUUGGACUCAAGAUGACGUGCUCCGCUGGCUGAAGGAUUUUGUCGAGUUGCCCCAGUACGAAAGGAACUUUAAGGACUUCAGGGUCAAUGGAAACACACUCCCUAGGAUUGCAGCCAACGAGCCGUCAUUCCUGAGUGUUCAUCUGAGGGUUCAGGACCAGAGAGACAAACAGAAGCUUAACAUCAAAGCUCUGGACGUGGUCCUGUUUGGACCGCCAACACGCCCCCCUCAUAACUACAUGAAGGACCUGCUGCUCAUCGUGUCGGUGGUGAUGGGAGUGGGAGGCUGCUGGUUUGCCACGGCCCAGAACAAAGCCAGUAAAUUCCACAUAGCCAGGAUGAUGAAAGAUUUGGAAAGUCUGCAGAGAGCUGAGCAGAGCCUCACAGACAUGCAGGAGCAACUUGCGGAGGCGCAGGAGGAAAAACGUAACGUCGCAGAGGAGAAACAGAACCUGGAGGAGAAGAUGAGGGAUGAGAUCAUGGGGGCGCAGGAGGAGGCUUACCGCCUGCACGAGCUGAGGCAGGGCGCCGUCAGCGAGCUCAGCCGCCUCCGCUACGCAGAGGAGAAGCUGCUGCAGGUCCGCAGGGCGCUGAAGCAGGCGGAGAAGGACAUGCAGGCGAGCUCUACUGCCUCCGAGGCCCUCCAGCUGUGGUUGCAGCUGACGCAUGAGGUUGAGGUCCAGUACUACAAUGUCAAGAGGCACAGAGCAGAACUACAGCUCGCCAUCGCCAAGGAAGAGGCAGAGAGGAUUAAGAAGAAGAGGAGCUCUCUGUUCGGGACUCUCCAUGUCGCACACAGCUCCUUUCUAGACCAAGUUGACACAAAGAUCCUGGAGGCAAAGAAUUCCUUGUUUGAAGUGACAGCCUGCCUGCGGGAGCGCCUGCAUCGCUGGCAGCUGAUCGAGCACCUCUGUGGCUUCCCCAUCAUCAGGAAUCCCGGCCGCACGAACCUCACUGCUCAGCUCUACUCAGACUCGAUCCCCUUGGGGUUUCCCAGAGUGCCCCAGCCGUCUUGGUCCUGCCACAGCUCUGUGCAUAGAUCUAGGGAGGAUCUGUUAGAGGAGCCUGCCUCUCCAAUCAUACCUCAGAUGUCGGUUCAACCACUCAAGCGCUCUCCUCAAAUACGUGGACCCACCAUUUGUCGGUCACGGCGUCCCGCCACGAUCCCUCAGCCAGCAGCCGCCAUGAUCUCCCCAGAACCAGACCUUCUGAUCCCCACACGAGCCUCGUACCCUUGUGAGGAAGGGGGAAUGUUCCUGAAAACUCUAAAGAAACAAGACUCCCAAGAGAUGUUUUCAGACACAGAAUAUAUCCCUUCACCUCCUCUCAGCAAAAUGUUCCCAAAUCCUGUUGACACGUCCCCUCAAAAGCUCUAUCAUGAUGAAACUGAACUGUUUUCAGACGGCUCCAUUACAAAGCAUUUGAGUAAAGAAGUAGAAGCUGUUGUUGAAUCUCCAGUUCGCAAAACUUUGACCGAAGAACUUGAAGCUUGUAUCGACGUCAGCUGCAGAAAGAUGGCAAAAGAAGAGUCUUUGAUAGAGGCUACGUCAAGGAAGAUAUCCAGAGACAGGAGUGAAGUUCCCAUGGAUGCUGCGGUUCGAAAGGUGCUUUCCAAUGAGUUGGAUGCGGAAUUCUUAGGCAGGAAAGUAGAGCGAGAUACGAUGGGAGAUUUGAUGGACACUGCUUCAAAGAACAUAUACAGAGAAAGAAGUGAUUUACCUCUGGACAUGAGAAAGAUAAUUUGGAAUGAAUUAGAAGCAACAACAGUUACGGCACCUAGGAAGAUUUCAAGAGAUAUGAUGGGGAUUUCAAUGGACAGCGCCUCAAGGAAGAUGAUACCAGAUGAUGUUGAGCAUCGGCUUUACUCAGUGCCCAGAAGGAUUACAAGAGAUUCAAUGGGAACGUCUUUCGACACAGGUUCUAGAAAGUUUACAUGGACUAAUGAAGACUGCCAGCUUAAUUCCUCUGUGAGGGUGUUAGCAAUAGACAACAUGGUUGAGGCCCCUAGAACACCACCAAGAAAGAUAUCCAGAGAUGAGCUGGACUAUUUUACAGAUACUGCUUCCAUAAAUGUUCUGCCCAGAGAGAGAUUUGACCCACUUAUGGAUACUUCAUCAUCUACAGAGAAGCAAGAGUUCAGUUUAGGACCGUCAACAAGUAGAAGGGUACUGAGAGAUGAACUUGAGAUUUCUGCUGGUUCUCUCAAAAGGAAAAUGCCAAGAAUUGACAUUGACACUUCCACAGAGACUCCCACUGGAAAGAUCUCCUGGGAUAAAGUUGAUCUUCCAAUGGAAAUACCAAAACAAUCAGUACUCAGAGAGGAGUUGGGAGCAUCUGAAUCAAGUUCAUCUCCAUGUCGAAUUGGACAGCCAGACCUCAUGUUCACCUCCCAUGGACCAUGGAAUUCGUCAUCAGAACUUUUCGCUGGCCCGCUGAGCCAGCUGGUUUAUGAUGGAAUCCUCGAGAAGUCCUGCAACUCUGGGGCUACGACCCCAACCAGUCUCUCGGCCUCAACACCCAACCUGCCCCAGAGCGGGCUGCUAGCAGAGGUGGAGCCACGGUCACGGAUUGCUUUAACGCCUCCUGCAUCGUCCCCGGAGACCGGCGAGGAGAAGAACAUACAUCAGGAAAAGAGCAAGAAAUCUUCAAAGCUCAAAAAUCUUUUCAAAAAGAAAACUGAGUCAACUCCAGAGAAGUCCCAAAGUGGUCUACAAAAUCUCUGAUCACUCUUCGAAUGUUUUCCCUUUUUUAUUGAACCAGAAAAUGUGAGUUGCAGGACCUCAUUGACGAUAUCUGGCAUAGAAAGCUGAAAUUGAUUAUUUUUUGAUUAUUGAGUUUUAUGUAGACAUAUGGUUGAUACCAUAUAUUAUAUUAGCUGCAGUUUGUUGAGGCUUUGCCUAUGGUUGAAGUAUGAAAUUGUGCUGCUCUUCUGUGUAACAAAGGCAAUGUUUGAAUUCAACAUGAACCUCCAGUGAAGACAUCUGAACAGUUUUGAUUGUUUCACAUGAGAGAUUUCUGUGUUGUUUGUGUUCUUUUCACCGGUUUAAAGUUGUGAAAACGUGAUGUAACAUAUCUCAUGCACCAAUCUGGUUGAGGGAAUGUUUCAAUCAGAAUCUGAUGACAGUUGUGGGAUGUUUGAUCACCAAAUUAUUGAAACCACACCCACACAGCAGAUAAGAGUUUUUUUUAGGCUUAGACCCUGAACUUUUUCUUCACUUAAAAUUGUAUUGUUGCUUAUUUAGUCUUGACAAUGUAAUGUUACUCAAGAUUUAUUGAGGAUUUGUAAGCUAGUUUUGAAUGGCAUCAAAUCUGUUUGAUACCUGAAUUGGUCUGGACUAGCAAAAUAUAGCCUCCAGCAAAUAGAUAAUUAGUUACGAUUUUUACAUUUUUUAAAAAUGCUAAUACAUACCAUAUUUGUAUCAGAUUGUCCGAUAACGUUUGCAUAUUUAUGUAAAAAAUGGUGUGUCUGUGCGAAUAUGUUGUGGCAGGAAGUUUUGGCUGGGGUUUAGACUUACUGCUUUUUCUCGCCAGUAAAAUCUAAAGGACACGCCAUAACAUUUUUGAAUGAUAUUGUUUUUUGAUGCACAUACUCAUCAUAAUUUAAACUGCAGACUGCUUCUUAAUGUUCUGAGCUUGGAAAUGGGUCAACCUUAACAUAGCUAAUAAUGACCCAUUUAAAUAAAGUAUCUGUCCUGAUCCUGUGGAUUGGCCCGGGACAAGCAACGUUUUACUCAGACGUUCUGCAUUCAUUUGCCAAACGCUCAUGAGCAGCUGGCUUGCACAUUGUUUUAUUUCAAAUGAUUGAUGGGUUAAAUGCUUCUUUUAUUGUUUACAGGGAAAAGUCAGUACCUUGAGUAGUUUAUUGGUAUUAAAAUAAUUCUGAAAUGUAUUUAAGUAUAUUUUGAAUUUGCUUAUUGGAAUACAUAUUCACGUCAUAUUUUUUUGUCUGUUUCAAGUAUAAGGAAUAAUUUAGUAAAAUCCUGUCUCUUGUUUAAGAAAAGAACAAGCACUAAACUUCUUAUAUGAAUGUAGGAUUUCAAAGACUGUUGUUAUCUGAUUAUUCAAGAAGUGACGAUAGAAGAAAUUAAAUAUUAGGAAACAUUGUGCAUGAUUCCACAAUAUAGAAUCUAAACAUUGCCUGCAUGUAAAUUCUUUCAAACCUUUACAAAAGGCAUGUAACAAGUUGACAUGCAGCUUAAAAAAUAAUAAAGUCUCAAUGGAG